UUGAGGUUUGGUUUUUGGUUGAGUCUCCAAGCCUUGAAAUAUUAUCUGUUAGCCACUCUCUUCUCUACAAAAACCUCACCAUGCAUUGCCGACACUCUUACUUCUACAUCUUUUUUCUCUCUUUUUCUCUUGUUUCAUAUAUCCAGCACUCAAUUCCACCAUCUGGGUUUGUUUCUUUCUUCAAAUUACAUAUACUUGCUUCAAACAUUUCAAAAUGAUGCUUUCAACUAAGUCUGAAUCGGAUAUAACAAGUUUAGCUCCUUCAUCGCCAUCAAGAUCACCAAAACGUCCGGUUUAUUAUGUGCAGAGCCCUUCCAGGGACUCUCAUGAUGGAGACAAGUCAUCUUCUAUGCAGCCGAGUCCCAUGGAGUCUCCUUCACAUCCAUCCUUUGGUCGCCACUCGAGGAAUUCUUCUGCCAGUAGGUUUUCAGGUAUUUUCAGGUCGUCUUCUGGGAGAAAGGGCUCUAGGAAAAGGAAUGAUAAAGGGUGGCCCGAGUGUAAUGUGAUAUUGGAGGAGGGGAAAUAUGAUGAGUUUGAAGAAAAGGCCUUUACUCGAAGGUUUCAAGCCCUUAUGGCUCUUUUGAGUUUUGUUGUUUUGUUUACUGUGUUUUGUUUGAUCAUUUGGGGUGCCAGCAGGCCUUACAAGGCUGAAAUUACUGUCAAGAGCUUGUCAGUGAAUAAUUUCUAUGUUGGUGAGGGUUCAGACUCCACAGGAGUUCCAACAAAGAUGCUCACAAUGAAUGGCACCUUGAAGAUAAAUGUAUACAACCCUGCUACAUUAUUUGGCAUUCAUGUCAGCUCCACGCCUAUCAAUCUUGUCUAUUCAGAGAUUGUUAUUGCAACCGGUCAGUUGAAAAAAUAUUAUCAACCCAGAAAGAGUCAUCGAGCCAUGUCUGUGAACUUGGAAGGAAACAAGGUUCCACUCUAUGGGGCUGGAUCAAGUCUAACUGUCAAUUCUCAAACUGGGGGUGAAGUUCCAUUGACAUUGAAGUUUGGAAUCAGGUCAAGAGGGGAAGUGGUGGGUAAGUUAGUGAAGACAACACACAAAAAUCAAAUCUCCUGCCCCUUAGCCAUUGACAUUCUCAGUAACAAACCCAUCAAGUUCAAGAAAACUUCCUGCACAUACGAGUGAUAGUCAUGUUGAUUUAACAAGCCAUGUUCUCUUCAACCUCAUGGGAAAAUGAAAACUUUCUUCUUCUAUAGAUUAUGUAAUCAAACACGGUUGGUGAAGGUGUGAUGGAUUUAUUCAUGGUUGUUUGUAAUGUCUUGAAAAUAAUGUAUAGAAAUGUAUGUAUGAAGUUUUUGUUCUCUUGACAGGAUUCUGGAGUAAAUGUAGGUUCAUUUUACCAAGAAUUUGAGCCAAAGGAGAAGAUUGUCAAGAAUUAUGUGAAUGUUGUAUAGUUUUGGUCCAUAUUGCUGCAACUGUUAAAAGCCAAAAUCUUUACUUUUUGAGAGAUUUAUAGUCUCAAUUGUG